AUGCCGGCGCGCAAGACGAAGCAAGUGGACCCUUCUGCUCGUCUUCCACCUGCUGAAGCGGCAGAACCGAAGCCGUUCUUCCCCUUCGCUCGGUACACCAGCGUCGUCGGCGUCCACACCUCCCUGCUCGCAUGGGACUUCACAGGGGCCUCGCGUGACGCGAAACCACCUCGGGACAUCAUGCAAUCCCUUACGGAGAACCCGGUGCGUACGGUUGCGUGGCUUUGCGUUGGCGCGGCCCUCCUUCAGAGCUGGUGGGCGUCCUGGUUGCAUACGUGGGCCACGGAGGACAAACUGCGUAAACUGGAGCCCGUGAAGGAUAUCCAGGCCAAGCUGGAGCGCAAAGCGGCCUCGCAAUGGGAUCCAGAACGCAUACAGGCGUAUGGGCGCGCGGCGGCGACCACCUUCGCGGGCUCAAUCGCGUUCUACAUCGUCACCAUCCUGUUCGGUGCGCCCAUCCUCAGCCCCGCGCUCGUGUCGCGCCUCACCUGGGUCCGCCUCUUCGCCGAGCUCUCGUGCCUCUUCUCCCGCGUGCCCGCGCUCCCCCCUUCGCUCCCACCCGUAACCCUCGCUCUCAGCCCGCGCACGCCCGUGGAGCGCGCGCUCGUGUACCCCGCCGUCGGCGCGGUCAUGGGCUGCUGGGCGGGCGCGAUCCCCAUCGGCCUCGACUGGGAGCGGCCGUGGCAGGCCUGGCCGCUCCCGCCCACUUUCGGCGCCGUCGGCGGGUACAUCGCAGGUUCGCUCGCCGCGCUCGCCGUCAGCGGGACGCUCGAGCUCGCCCAAGCCGGUCUCUCCGCCGCGCCUGAGACUGCGCCAGCGACGAAGAAGAAGCCCAAAAAGGCGUAA